AUGCCACCGGCCUCUGAAGCAAGCGCCGGCAACGGUAGGACCCAAGGGCAUGGAGCUGGAGCAGGGUCUGUAACCGCCGCCACCAGCGCCUCUGCAGCGGCGCGUGGAGUCGACGAGGCACCGCCCGCCGUGGUCCUGGAGGCGGACGUGGCACCGGCCUCUGAAGCAAGCGCCAUCGCGGCCAGGACCCAAGGACAUGGAGCGGGAGCAGGGUCUGCAACCGCCGCCGCCAGCGCCUCUGCAGCGGCCAUCCCUGGCGAGCUUGGCUAUGGUACACGGGACUACUUUUAUUACAAGAAGAAAUGUGGUAAUGAUUCAGCAACUUAUAAGGCAAUAGAUUUCAUGGAAGAUGCAAAAAACAUGAGUGAUGACGAUGAGGAUGGUAUGGACGAGAAGGAGGAGGAGGAGGAGGAGGAGGAGGAGGAGGAUGAUCAUUUUGAUCUUGAUGCAUACAAUGAUUGGCUCAUGGCCCAAGGCUCUGAAACAGAUCUACGAGAUGAUUUCAAGGAAGAAACUAUAAAAACAUUCACGGAAUGCAUCAAACAUCAUGGAGACUGUCAACAUCAGAAUCCAAUGAGGAUGCUCAGGAAGAAUCAACAAAAAGAUGCUGAGAAGGAAGCAGAGAAGCAAGAGCUUGCAGAAAAACUUAAACAGGAACUGAUGCAGGAGGUCAGAACAAUGAUUGCACGAAAUAAUAAUCUGCUACCAACACAAGAGGCUAUCCCUAGAAUGAACAAUACGGCAGCAGAUGAACAUAGGAGCACUGAGGUAAACAUUGGUGCUGCACCAACUGAGAAUGGAGUUAGGAAUGCUGAGGAAAACACUAGUAAUGUUGAAACAUGA